AGGUGAUGGUGCUACUUCAGCGAAGCGCUGUCAGGUUGUAUCGGUUUAGACGCGUUAAACAUCAAAUGAUCGACCGGCAGGAUGGAUGGAAACAGCAGCAGUAUUAUCACUUCUGCAAUUCUAGCCAUUGAUUACAUGGACUCUUUACUCCCCGAAAACCCUUUACAAGAGCCGUUUAAAAAUGCAUGGAACUACAUGCUGGACAAUUUUACCAAAUUUCAAAUUGCUACUUGGGGUUCUCUUCUGGUUCACGAAGGCAUUUAUUUUUUGUUCUGCCUACCGGGUUUUAUUUUUCAGUUUAUUCCAGCCAUGCAGAAGUAUAAGAUACAAAAGGACAAGCCAGAGAGUAUUGAGAAACAGUGGAAGUGCUUCAAAGUGCUGCUGUUCAAUCACUUCUGUAUCCAGCUGCCUCUGAUCUGUGGUACUUACUACUUCACUGAAUUCUUCAACAUUCCGUAUAACUGGGAGAAAAUGCCACGAUGGCAGGUCAUUGCAAUGCAAUGCCUGGGUUGUGCUAUUAUUGAAGAUACUUGGCACUACUUCCUGCAUAGAUUGCUGCACCAUAAGAGAAUCUACAAAUAUAUUCAUAAAGUCCAUCAUGAAUUUACGGCGCCAUUUGGCAUGCAAGCGGAAUAUGCCCACCCAGCAGAGACACUCAUCCUCGGAAUGGGUUUCUUCAUUGGCAUCAUGAUCUUCUGCAAUCAUGUAAUCCUCCUCUGGGCUUGGGUGAUCUUUCGUCUCCUGGAAACAAUAGACGUACACAGUGGUUAUGAUGUUCCCCUGAAUCCAUUGCACUUGAUUCCAUUUUAUGGUGGCUCCCGUUUCCAUGACUUUCAUCACAUGAACUUCAUUGGAAACUACUCUUCAACCUUCACGUGGUGGGACAAGCUGUUCGGAACAGACUCUCAGUUCCAGAUGUACAAUGAUAAGUUGAAGGAAAUGAAAAAGGAUCAAUAAGAAAUAAACAAAACCAAUAACAUAAAACAUAGCAAUUUUACUCCAAAUUACUAUUACUAUAAACAGGAAAUUGAGGAAUCUAAUCAAUCGCUGAACUGUUUAGCAAAUUGGUGCUCUUAAUGGGUCCUGAUGGCGAAGUUCAUUUUGCUACCAUCUUUUAAUAAAUAAAAUAUUCUAAAUGUUUUUCCUGGCAUUCACCUGAGGAAGUAGUACUGUUAACUACACAAUUAUACAGACCAACUCCAUUUUCUAAUGAUUAUUAUUUGAAAUUGUUCCAAAAUUUUGGGAGAACUGUCUCGAAGUUGUUUCUCUUUCUGUAAGGAAUUUAGGGAAACAUUUUCAUAAUUACUUGUGGUAUUGAACCUUUCAAUGAAUUAGCCCUGGUUUUUUUUUGCAAUAUUUCCUUAUUUUGUUGGAGAAAAUAUGUUUUUGCAAACGCGUGUUAUGCCCUAAUUUGAAUGACCUUUUUAGAUUUGAAUUUCUGGAAUAAUACCUGGAAAUAUUGGAAAUCUUCUUCCAAGGACAAAUUACAAUUUACAGUUUCUCACUGUCCUAACUGGCGUAAGAUAAUACAACCAGAUGUUUAUAAUCAAUAUGUAUAUUUGCUUAUUGUGAAAUAGCAUCAAAUCUUAUAGAUAUCUUGUAAUAUUUUCACUUGGGCAUUCAGGUAUGUCAUUUGAUUCAAAGUCCAAAUAUUGUCUGCGCUGCUGUCAAGAACUGUAGGUGACAUGUUCUGCAAAAUUCAAUUAUUUGGCUUUUUUUAUCAGAAAGAAUCUCUGGUAUAGGGGUCACAGCAUGGAAGAGGCUCUCCAGUCUAUAGUGCCCACACUGGUCAUCAAGCACCAAUCUAUUCUUGUCCCAUUUUCCAGUCGCUGGCCUAUAGGCGCAUAUGCUGUGGCAUUUCAGGUGUUCAGCUCCCUUCAUAGCUGAAUUGGUGAAUCCCCUCUGCACCCCUCAAAUGUGAUCGCAUCCUUCCUAGAACUGCACAAAGUACUCCGGUUUUGGCCUAACUAUUGUUUUCUACAGCUCCUGCAUAACCUUGCUCGUCUUGUAAUCAGUAUCUUGACUAAUAAAAACAAGUGUCCCAUUUGCCACCUUAUCCACCUGCAACCUUAACUACCUGUCCUGCUGUCGUCAAGGAUCUAUGGACAUCCGUACCAAGGUCCCUCUGAUUCUCUGUACUUCCUAAGUCCUACCAUUCAUCAUGUAUUCCCUUCUCUCGUUAGUCCACAAAAAAUGCAUCACCUCACACUUUUCAGGAUUAAAUUCCAUUUGCUAUUGUUCUGCCCAGCUAACCAGCCUGUCUAUAUUGUCCUAUAGAUUCUCCUCCUUGCUAUUUACCUCAUCACCAGUUUUCAUGUCAUCUGCGAACUUAUUACUCAUACCUCCAUUAAUGUCUUGAUCGUUAAUGUACGUUACUAACGGCAAGGUACCCAGCAAUAUGGCUUCAAAUCAGAAAAACAACUUUUGGCCAUCACACUCUGUCUCUUGCCACAAAACCAAACUGUUAGACAUAGUUAUGCAAUAUUUAAAUUUAAUGAGGUUUACUCAGUACUAGGGAGUUCUGAAAAGAUUUUUUAGCUCAGGUUGAGGUUUUGGAUGCAAGCUUGAUUGCUGAGCUGGAAGGUUAGUUUUUAAACAUUUUGUUACCAUACUAGGUAACAUCAUCAGUGAGCCUCUGGUGAAGCACUAGCAUUAUGUCCCACUUUCUUUUUGUGUUUAGGUUUCCUUGGGUUGGUGAUAUCAUUUCCUAUGUUGAUGUAAUUUGUUGUGUUGGUGAUGUCAUUUCCUGUUCUUUUUCUCAGAAGGUGGUAAAUGGGGUCCAAGGCAAUGUGUUUGUUGAUAGAUUUCCAGUUGGAAUGCCAUACUUCUAGGAAUUCUCAGGCAUGUCUCUGUUUGACUUGUCCCAGGAUGGAUGUGUUGUCCGCAUCAAAGUGGUGUCCUUCCUAAUCUAUAUGCAAGGAUACUAGUGAUAGUGGGUCAUGUCAUUUUGUGGCUAGUUGAUGUUCAUGUAUCUUGGUGUUAGUUUUCUGCCUUUUUGUCCAAUGUAGUGUUUGCUACAGUUCUUGCAAGGUAUUUUGUAAAUGACAUUCAUUUUGCUUGUUAUCUAUAUAUGGUCUUUAGCUGCUGUUUUAGUGUGUUAUGGUGAGUUUGUGGGCUACCAUCAUGCCAAGAGGUCUGAGUAGUCUAGCAGUCAUUUUCAAGAUGUCUUCGAUGGAGGAGAGAGCGGCUAGGAUUUCUGGGCACGUUUUGACUGCUUGUUUGGGUUUGUUGCUAAGUCGCUCAAUAUUAAAAUGUUUUAUAAAAUGGAUCAAGCUUAGUUCAGAUGACAUCAUUUGUUUAUAGUUUAUUUCCAGCUGAUUCUUCCUGAAUUACAACACUUUAACUUCAAAAUCCACUUACUUUUGUGUGGAAAAUAUGUCCCAUUAAUGUUAAUAAAAGAAACUGAAGAAUCUAAGAUGAAAUAAAUUCUCAAAAUGGAAGUCAUUAUAGAUAACUAAAUCUGAAACUGCAUGUAAGAGGUUAGGAGAUUAUAUUUGUAAGUUGAUAUUUUUGGCAUUUUUGCUAAAGAGAUAAAUACCAUUUGGUGAUUACACUGUUGAGCUUGCUUUAUAAUAAAUCAGUGUGGAGAUCUUAUUAAAUAACAUUGAAUAUUUUCACCCUUUUAUGUUAAUGGAAAAUCGACAUAUAAUUGAAGGUUAGCAAGAGUUUCAGGUAAUUCAAAGGACUUUACAGUUACAGGUAACUAAUAACGUGGAGGAAUGAGUAGGCUUUAAAUGAUCUUAGCGAGUUUUAAUGAUCUGUUCUAAGAUUGACAACUAUUUUAAAUACUGAUAUUAAAAAAAAACAGACUGCUGGUUCAGUGAAAGUUCAAUAUCAGAAUUAUGUUCAAGGCUCUACAUUGUAAGGCAUAUAAAUAUGUUGUAAGUAUUAUUAGUGUCAUCUAUGGAAAAUAUUAUAUUUUGUUACUUCUCAGGAUUGCUAUGGUUGUCCAGUUCAUUUUCUACUUCUUAAGACUGUCAUCCAAAUUUCCCAAAUGCCCACAGUUUGAAUUGCAAUUUUUGUUUUUAUGGUAGUGAGCUUUGUGAUAGUGAUUUUCACUUUCAAGAAAGGACCCAAGAGCAGAUCUUCGUUUGAAAUGAUAAACCAUUUCACAAUAUUGAAAAAUGCGUAUAGUUAAAAUCUACAUUGUUUUCAUCUGAAAUCUGCUGCCAAAAUUCACCACCCCCUUCCACCUACAUUACUUCCCAAGAAGUCAAGCCCAUUUUCUUUUCCAAUUGCUGCUCCAUCUCUCUAUCUUUUAAAGUGUAAACUUUUCACUGCACUCAUCUGAGUACAUGUGACAAUAAAGCUAAUUCUAUUUCUAACUCUUUGAAUGAAUUGUUGAAGUCAAGCUUUAGGCCCACCUUACUCAAAAACUUCCAUUUAAACACACCCAACCUGGCUUUUCAGCCCCCACAGUGCUGGGACUAAUUUGCUUAAUGCCAUAAACUGCAUCUCUUGUUAAGAGCAAAAUACUGCGGAUGCUGGAAAUCUGAAACAAACACAAUGCUGGAAAAACUCAGCAGGUCUGGCAGCAUCAGCAGAGAGAGAAACUAAGUUAACAUUUUGAGUCCUGUGUGAGUUUUCCAGGACUUGUUUGUUAUUGCACAUGUGGUGCUUGACCUGCUGCACCUUCAGAUGUUAACAUAGUCAACUUGUCCAUCCUUUUUUCCAGAAUUUUCCCUAAUGGUCCCCUGUGAGCUGCCUUACUUCCACUUGUCUCAAUGUGUCUAGUACAUCACAGCUGCUUAUGAAUACUCAGUGUCUUGAUUGAUUCUAUGCUAAGUUUUAAAAGUCCACACUUUGUCCAAUAAUUAAACUGCUGCCUUCUGUAGUUUAACUCUUCAACGUAUUUGCAAGGUCAGUCACUGAGACUCACUUCUCUCAUGCUUUGCUGCCUUGUCUACUGUGCCCCACAUUAACACAACCAAAUCUGUUCAAAACCCCACUCCUAACCCCUUUAUUACCAUUGUUCAUUGAUUUCUGUUCUGCCAAUGCAUCAAAUUCGUAAUCCCCAGCCUCCAUUAUUAACACUUUUCUGGCCUCACCUACUUGUGCAUGUUCCAUGAAUCUUACAUUUCACAUUGUGACUUAUGCUUUUGUGUCCUUGUGUGCAAUCACACCGUUGGUGGCAAAACGUUUGAUUGUUCUGGAAUUAUUUUCUGAGACUCUCUUCCUACAUUUUUACACUUGCUACACUUGUUUUGCGUUUUGAAAAAGAAAAUCCUCUUAUUGACCCUGAAGUUGUCUCUUUAGCAGUUCAUUUCCUCAAGUAUCUUUGAACAAGCUCAACAUUAAACAUGAUUGGACAAUGCAGGUGUUGCAAUUUCAAUUCUAAAAGUAAUGGUUUUACUGCACUUCAGGGUAAGUGAAUUUUCACCUAAAAAUAUGUUUGGGUUCACAUUGACAUAAAUACAAGGCAGAAUCUAUACUUAUCUAAGGCCAGCUGUGUUGGUGGGGUUGGGGCUAAGGAUGGAGAAUCUGCACAGUCUUCGUCCUUCAGAGAUUGAUCACAAGAUUUGUACUUGGAAUGAGAAGUCCCCUUUUCAGGGAACAAAAUCUGGCCCAUUUCAGUGCCCAGCUGAUGUGGUUUGCGUCUGUACAAAGAUUGAGCAGAUACUAAUUUAUAUUGCUGUCGUUCUCUCCCUGUACUAGCCAGCUGCUGGCCUGAUGUUACAACUGGUUAAGACAGGUAGGAGUUGUGGUUUUCGUGGUGCUCACUAGCAAAUUUUGCACUUUCUAGUGAGAUGUAUAUUAAAACAUGGACUUGUGAUUUGAAAUGCUAAUGUAUUAUCAUUCUAAUGAUAUACAUAAUGAUCUAAUGGUUAACCAUCAAAUCAAUUAUGGUUUAUUAAUAAAUGUGUUCAGUAUGAUUACUCCAGAAUAACUUAGCAAGUUUUCUUGUUUUUUAUUAAGUCUUGUUGACCAUGAAUUUUAUACAUUCAAGUUUUAAAUAAAAUUAUUGCCAUCAAUAUUGUGCAGUACAUGCUGGGUGCCCAAGUUCUGUAAUAAUUCCAUGAUUGUAACUUUCUUAUUACAUUUAAUCAAUAAAAUUAGAUCUUCUAAAA